AUGGUCUGGCAGUUUCUGGCAUGGACUGCCGGCACUUUCUUCUUCGUCUUUUUUUGCUACCUCCUCCGCCCGCUCGAGUUCUUUCCCAUAACCUUCUUCACAGUCAUUGGUGCCGCCUUCAUCAUCUUUGAUCCUCGUGAAUGGAUGCUGCAGAGUUAUUUCGAGGCGCAUGAGUUCUUACUCAACAUGCCUAUCAACGACUUUCUCGAGAAAUACUUUCAUACAUUUGUUACCAUCGUUUCGGCUCUCUGGCUUGUCCACCGAACCUUGCAAACUUUGCUUAAGCCAGUCCCAGAACUGGUCAGUAUACUCGGCGUCGACAUUCCCGAGGCCCCCGACGUAUGCCUGGCUGGCAUCCGCUCCGAUGCUGCCACCCUCAGCUGGAGUCGACCGCUCAGCAAUAAGCCUGUACAAAAAUAUUCGAUACAAGUCAACGGUGUUCACGGUCAGUUUUGCCACGGCGUCUUCUUGCCGUCGGUCUCCCAUCACUCGACAAUUGGCAUAAACGCUAAACUCCCAGCUGUAGUCGGCGACUCCCCUGGAAACGAAGUAGCCAUCACUGUCACUGGCUUAAAACCAAAUCAUUUCUACAAUAUCCGCGUUAUUGCUGUCGCCCCCAAUAACUUUCAGUCCGCAGGCCCAGUCAUGCGUCUACGCACAUUCGGAAAGGAUGGUAAACCACAGCUUGGCAAUGCGCGUCUACCCACCAACUUUUCGCCCGAUGAGUAUCGCCGUGGCUCGACUGACGAUGGCGACGAUUCCGACUCCCCAUCUGGCCCCGUCCCUUCACUCGAGUCUGCUCCCGUGCUAGACGGCGCUAUCUCCGUCGUUCGCGACACUAAUGGCUCCCUUACGAGCCAGCGACGAAAUACAGUCAACAGGCGUCACUCUCCCUCUGUUGCAAGUUCCGACCGGCCUCAUCUCAAACAUCAAGGUUUUGAUGAACCCGAAAUGUCACUGGACGAGCUGAAUAAGCAAUUCGAGUGCAUCAGAAAGGAAACUGAAGAUACCAUCGCGCAGUAUGCCAAGGAGGAAGCCGAUUUCAAACAACAGGAGGGCGACUUGAAAAGUGAAAAGGAACGCAAACGCCAGGUACUGAAAGAGAAAGAAGAGCAAACUGCGCAACUUAAAACGCAGGUUCGAAUUACUAUGGAACAAAUGCGCGCUGCUGAGAAGGAACGCGCGAAGAAGGAGCAGAUUUUGAAAGAUAAGGAGGCCAAGAAAUCGAAGGCCAAGGACAGUAUCAUAAAGCUGGAGCUGGAGAUUGAGCGCAUGAAAAUGGAAGGGAAGAAAUUCCAGGCCCAAAGAUCUGACUUGCUUCAAAAGCGAGACAAACAAGCCCGAUCUCUCGACCAGGCCAAUAAAGAGCUUCAAGACAAGUGCACAGAAUUGGAAUCUGAACUCAAAGAAAAGGGUAAACAACUGCAAGACCUCAAGGCUACGCGCGAGUUGCUGCCGGGCGCUGAUGACCAGCAAUGGAAAGAUGAGGACGAUCGCCUAGCGGCAGAAUGGGACGCCAAUCGGCGCGCAAUUCAUUCCCGUCUAGUAGGUGAACUCAAGUUGGCUCACCAGCUCGACCAGCAGAUCCAAGCUCUUUCAGACCAAAUCUCUCUCGCUCUUCAGCAACAACAGAUCUAUUAUCAGCAGCCAGGGUCCGCGGCUCUCGAAUACGACGGUUCAGCGCCUGUUCAGCAACAAAGACCCAAAGUAAAUGGUGCCUCUCACCGCGAGCGAGGCUCCCCAUCGCCGCAUACGCUGCCUACAUCAGAGUCAGGCUAUCCGCCCCCGGCUGGAUUCGUUCACGCGCCAUUUCCACCCAGAUUGUUCAUGGAUGAUCCAGAUCCAUCGGACGAACCUCACGCAGAGGCCGAGUUGAAGAUAGCCUCCGGUUCUUUGAGUCCGCUGGCCCAGACGCUCUUGCCUUCCAACAUAUUCGACGAAAUGGAGGAUCAGGAUCACCACGGUAUGGGAGGUCCAUACCCACAUGAGUCCAUGGGUAUCACGGAAGAUGAUCCGCAGUCUCCCGCUUCUUCUAGCCCGUCGUUUCGUGCAUUCUCCAGUCCCUAUGGAUCAAAUCAGAAUCUAUCAUACUCGCCAUAUGAACCCGCUGACAGGAGCUCAUUGAACCUGCACCAAGCACCUAAAUCGCCCGCAGCUAGCAGCCAUAGGCUGAGCGGCCUGCUGUCUACCUUUCAACGCAACAGAGGCGCAAAGCGUAUUGAUGAAGGCCCUCCCCUCGGGAGUUUAAAGUCUGGCCAAAGUCAAUCAUUUCCUCGCGUUGCGGAUGAAUUUGAAGGCAACGAACCGCGUCGCCGAAUCAAUUUUCCUUGGGUCGGACGUAGCUCAACCGGCCCUGAGGGUGCAAUCGGUGGCCCCUUUUCGAGAAGAUUCAAUCCAAUCAAGCCUCCCAAUGGCGUCGACAUAGAUCCGGAUUCUCGACCUGCAUCUAUUGCAUCUGCGGAUAUGCCUCGGCCGUCAACAGACAGUGGUUCAAUUUGGGGGCAGCCGGUGGAUGGUGCAGUGCCUAAGAACAGACUCUGGCAGCCAGCAGACGGUCGCUGGCCAUCGCGAAGCAACUCGAGGCGGCCUUCGAUCCACGGCACGGGCAGUCUGUUGACUACCACGCUUGCAUCAGCUGACGAUGAGAUUCUUGACGAGUACGAUUUGCGUAACCCACAAACAUCCGCCAGCCAGGUCGGUGUUAUCGGGUCAGGCCAUCCGGCUCCCGCCAAGUUUGUGAACCAGAGGCUGAACCCAAACGCACCUACAUUCAUGGGCAACAUCUUUAAAAAAGACAAGUCCAAGUCUCGCGAUGCAACUCCUAGCCUUGAGGUGCCGAUCAGCACAGACGACUCGCCGUCUGAGUCUCGAGUCUCGCGUGAUACUCAUUCAAUCCACACGCAGACUUCGAUAUCUGUUUCUGAAUCUCACGAGUCACUAACCUUGGAUGGAAGUGUGUCCAACGCGCCUUCUGACUUGAACUCUGUGUCUGGCUCGCUUCCCAAGGACCCGGAGAACAAGGUCAAGAAGCUCUUCCGCAAGGGCAGCUCCGGCAAGUUUGGCCUGUCUUCGCGUCUCAGCAAGGAUACGGGGCUCUUUAAGAAGGGCCCUGGCAGCACAGCCAACUCUGACAAGAACAUGUCGGGUGAUCAACGCUCCAGCAUCGGCGACUUUGACGACAUUGGCGAGGAGAUCCCGUUUGGUCGAAGCUACGAUGGCAUGCCAAGCAGCCCUGCGCUCGGGUCGAAGGCGCCCAAGGACGGGAAUCAGUCUCGCAUUGGAUCGUGGCGCUUCUCUAAGAAAAAGAAGGGCAAGGACGGGCCGCCAAAGGAAAGUCUAGAAUUGGACAGAUACGUGGACGAUGACUAG